AUGCUCUUGGGACGUGGUGACGGUGGACGAAAUCCUAAUACUUUUGGAAUGCGAAAUCGGAAUCUUACUUCCGAGGAUACUUUAAUACAUUCAGCCAAGGAUGUUACGGAAUCAUUACGACGUACUACAGAAUUGAUGCAACAAGAAAUUGAACGUAGUGCAUAUUCGGCAAAAAUACUUGAUGAAUCAUCCAAGACAUUAAAAACAACUUAUAGUGAAUAUCGAGGAUUCGCUUCUGUCGUACGUGGAUCCAAACAACUAAUUACUAAAUUGGAACAAAUUGAUUGGACUGAUAGAUUACUUAUAAUAUUUGGAUUAAUAGUAUUUUCACUGGUGGUUUUAUAUAUUUUGAAAAAGAGGGUUUGGAAUACUGGAUUUGGAUGGAUAACUUGUGUAGGUGAAUUACUUUGGUAUAAUGGUAAAAUCUAUAGUGACGUGAAAUUAUCAUUCGAAGAUCGAGGAGUAUUAGCCAAAAGAUCAGGAAUUCCUUUGGAAUUAAGAUUACAUUCAAUUGUAUUAUAUCAAUCCCAAUUUUUUAAAGAUCAACUUUCUCGAACUUCAUCAUCAAUUCCGUCAUCACCAAAUUCGAAUGUUUUAAAGGAGAAACGAAUAAUUGUCAAAUUACCAUCAAGAGGGGAAGUUAAUGAAGAAGAUAUGAUUAACUUUCAUUCUACAUUAAAAUUAUUAUAUACCAAGAAAUGGAAUGAAGAAUUAGCCAAUGAUUUAUCUAAAGGGGUGGGUUGUUUAUCAGUUUGUUGUGAAAUUGGAUUUUAUGAAGGAAUUGAAGAAUGUUGGAAAUGGUUAGUAAGAAAAUGUCAAAGGGAUAAAAAUAGGGAAAUGAUGAAAAAACUUAUUGAAGCUUAUCCUAAUUUACAUGAAAAAUUUACUCAUCAAGUGAUUGAAUCAAUUAACAACAACAAUAAUAAUAAUACUGCUAAUGGUUUAAAUAGAACUCCAAGUUUUAAUAAAAAAACUUCUACCAAAAAGAUAAUAAUUCCACCUAUUGUACUUCAUAAAUCAUUAGAUACUCCAUUAUCAAUAUUAUUGAAAGAUAUCUUGUUACCAUUAGAACAAAAACAUUUAUGUGAUUAUUUAUGGGCCCCAAAAUUUGAUAAAGUCAUGGGAGAGGAUAGUUUAAUUAAAGGAUCUAGGGUAAGUCAGGUGGAACAUAUGAUUGUAGAAGAAGAAUUUAAGGAUUCCUUUUCGUCGUCGUCUCCUUCUUUUUAUUCCUCUCUUAAAAAUAAGAUAUCCAAAAUAGAAACGACUCAGUCUUCCGUUUUGAUCUCUGAUAGUUCGGAAGAUGAAGAAGGGUAUGAAAUGCCAAACAAGGAACCUUAUGAAUCAAAAUAUAUCAAAUUAACGACAAUCGAUGCUUUGGAUUUUUUACCAAGUGAUAAUAACGCAUAUAAAUUUUCUGCGGAUUCGGUAUUUAGUUUAAUUAAUAAAACCUUAAAUAUGACAUUAAUUUGGUGUACAGUAUCUUCAAUAAUUUCAGCCGUGGUUUCUUUCACUUCCGAAAAGAAAAUCUUAUUAUCAUUAUUUUUAUUUGAGAUUUCCAGGACCACUUGGUUCAUUUAUUGUUCAAUCUUUUGGAUAUUUUCUUAUUUCUUUAUAAAUAAUAAUUCCAAUUCACUUAAGGAUAAAAUCAUUUAUGGAAAAAAGGCAUCAAUUAUUAUAACCUUUAUUCAAUUGAUUCAAUUGAUUCAUCAACAAUUGAAAUUUCAAAAUAAUUUAAAUAAUUUGAUUUCUUGGAAUAUUAUAUUUUAUGGAUCCGUAUUAAGUUUACCAAUUUUUUUAAUUUUGGAACAAUUACUUAAUGCUUACCUUCAAGAAAAUUUUCGUAAACAAGCAUUACUUAAAGAGGAAAGAAUGAAUUCACAAAAAUCCAUUUAUCGAGCGGUUGAUAGGUUUAGUGAAAGGAAAGGUUUAUAUCUACGUACAAUUUCAGAACAAUUGAGGCAGAUCACGGAUUUGGCAAUGGAUACAUUAAAAUUAUUAUCCCCUCCACAUUUUUUAUCCAAACCUCAUGAACAAUUAUCCGCUUGUUCGAUCGUUACCCCCACCACAUCAAUUAAUGCGAUUCAUACAUCACUUAAGGAAGUUAAUUAUAUUUCCACUCAUUUAGGAACACUUUCAUUACUUUUAUUUACGGAUCCCAGUGAUACGGAGAGGAGUCAAAUUAAAAGGGAAUUUGAUAUUGGUGAAAUGAUUCAAAAUGUUGGAGAUGCAUUGGCGGGAACAACUUCUCGAGCUCAAGUGGAAUUAGUUAUUUAUCAUGUAGAAUAUGGAUUAAAUCAUUUGAAUGUUAUUGGUGAUGAGGCAGCUUUUAGGCAUGCUUUAAUAGAUCUUCUCUCAUUUAUAUUAAUUGGAGCAACUCCAGGAACAUGUAUAGAAAUGGGACUUCGAUUACGAGCAUUUGAAGAUAAUGAAGAUAAAGAAAGAGAGAUUAAUCCAAAUGAUAAAGUCAUUUGGGCGACAUUAAAAGCCGAAGAAAGAGAUGAAAGACAAUAUUUUGAAAUUAGUUUAGAAUUAAUAGCUGGAUCACCACUAACUCCACCUUACACACCGAAUGUUAACGAUGAAAUUCGUAAAAGAUAUCCUCAUUCAAGAAUUACCGGGGAACCAUCAGUUGAGGAACUUGGCAAAGUUACAAAAUUUAUGAGAGGUCAAAGGGUGACGUUAUAUGCCACGAAUAUAACAACAUUACCUCCUACAUUCAUUAUAAUUGAUGAUGACAUAGAAACACUUAAACAACAAUUAUUACAAUUUCCGAAACGUCAUAAAACCACUCCAGUACUUCCACAACAAACCACUGCCAUUAUACAUUUCACUUCAUUAUCAAAUUAUAAAUCCGUUAAAGAUUCGGUUCAAUACAUGAUAUCAUCUUAUAUGUCAAUGGAUAAUUGUGUUAUGGGUGUAGGACCAUUAUUACCUCAAGUAUUGGUAAUUCCCAAACCGGCUGGACCUCGAAGAUUUUUAAAUGCUUUAUAUACCACCAUAAAUAAGAUCGUGGUAGAUCCCGUUUAUAUUCCAAUUGCCACCUCACCUAUGAGUCCGGGUUCAAGAUUUACUAGUGGAUCACAUAUCAUUGAUAUUGAUAGUGAUACUAAUCCUUAUCAUCAUCUUCAUAAUCAUUCUAAUAAUUAUAAUAGUGGUGGUAAUAAAAAAGUAACGGAAUCAUCGAAUGAUUAUUUCUCUGAUGUACGUUCACCAUCAUCUAAUUCCAAAUCCUCGACCACCGGAAGUAAACCUCGAAAUCGAAAUAAUCGUUCGGAUCACGUCAUACCUCCGAUCAAUGUAUUGAUUGUGGAAGAUAAUCCUAUUAAUCAAGCUAUUUUACAAACUUUUAUGAGAAAGAAACAAAUUAGUUAUGAAUGUGCUACUAAUGGUCAAGAGGCGGUAGAUAAAUGGAAGAAAGGUGGAUUUCAUUUGGUUUUGGUAAUAAUGGAUGGAAUUGAAGCCACAAAAGUAAUUAGACAAGAAGAAAAAGCCAGGAAAAUUGGAAUAUUUCCUUCCCAAAGAUCAAAACAAUCUUCAUUUCCUUUCACCUCAUCCACAUCACCAUCACCUUCAUCAUCAACUGCCUCAACUCCUUCAGUUCUUGAAGAAGAAGAAGUAAUUGAAGUGAUCGAAGGUGAUGAUGGUUCACCUGAAAAUGUGGCACCAGUAAUAAUAUUAGCUUUAACGGCUUCCUCAUUACCUUCUGAUAGACAAAAUGCUUUGGCAGCUGGAUGUAAUGAUUUCCUUACCAAACCAGUUAGUUUAAUAUGGUUAGAGAAGAAAAUUAAUGAAUGGGGUUGUAUGCAAGCAUUAAUUGAUUUUGAGGGAUGGAGAAAAUGGAGAACUUAUGGGGAAGGAAAGAGUAAUAGAUCAACUACUGAUGUUGCCAGAUCUUCGAUUUCUUCUAUUGGAUCCAAUUCAACUAUUGGAUCGAAUUCUACUUUUGGAUCAAAUUCUACUGGAUUUAUUACAAACAUAGGAGAAAAUAAUAAAUUUAUCUAUGUCUUUGCAUAA